UGAGAACGCCAAAGUUUUAAGGGAAAAAAGUUGCACUAUAUAAAACCCAACCAAUUAAGCAAUCUUCAUCAUCAUCUGCACGAUCUCCAAACUUAACUGAGCCUCGAGCACCAGCAAGCACUUCUUCUCCCACAUCAUAUAAUUUAUCUCAUUCACUUCUUCCUUUUCCUAAAUCCGGGGAAAAAAAAAUGGCCGUCACUUGCUUCACUCAGGAGUUCAAGACUGCGAUUGCUCCAUCCAGGAUGUUCAGGGCGCUGAUCCUCGACUCUCACAACCUCAUCCCUAAGAUAGCCCCUCAGGGUAUUAAGAGCAUCGAAUUCAUUCAAGGAGACGGUGGUGCCGGAAGCAUCAAGCAGACUAACUUUGCUGAUGGUGGUCACUUGAAGUGGUUGAAGCACAGGAUAGAUUCUAUCGAUGUAGAGAAGCUCGUGUGCAAGUACACCUUUAUCGAGAGUGACAUUGCCUUUGACAAGAUUGAGUCGGUGGUGUACGAGGUGAAGUUCGAAGCUUCCAGCGAUGGUGGGUGUGUCUGCAAGAUGACGAGUGAGUACCAUGUGAAGGCCGGUUUGGAGCUGAAGGAGGAGGAUAUAAAGCAGGGCAAGGACAAGGCCAUGGGACUCUACAAAGUUGUUGAGGAAUACCUCACGGCCAACCCCGAAGCCUAUGCCUAAAUGAGCAUUUCUUUUUAGUUUCUUCUGCUGGAGUUCAUGUGGUCUCUUCCCCUUUUUUCCUGCCUUAGCAUUUGGAAUUGGUUUCUCUGAAAAUCCAUGCGUGUGAAAGGGCACAACGAAAUAAAGAAUAUUGUGAUUUUGCAGCGUA